AUGGCCCGCGCCCUGCGGCCGUGCCUGCUCGGCGCGGCGGCGGCGCUCCUCGCGCCCGCGGGGGCGGCGCCCGGCGAGGCGUGCCUGGCCGACGGCGCCGGCGACGAGAUCAGCGCCCUGCAGGUGCGCGGGCUCGACGUGCGCUCCGCCAGCGGCUGGGCGCCGCCCCAGGCCAUGGUGACCCUGCAGGUCGGCAUCGGCCCCAUGCCGACCAUCAUCAGCUGCAGCGUCAAGGACCUCUCGCUUGCCAACGACAGCCUCCUGCAGCUGGGCCCGGUCCCCGCCGCGCCCGUGCGCCUGCCCAGCCUGGCGCAGCAGCAGCCGGACGUCAUAGAGAGCGCCUUCAGCGCCGGCGCCGGGGGGGAGGGCUGGAACCUGGGAAUGGCGGUGGCAUACCUGGACCAAGUGGCAGGCCUCAACACGCCGGGGACCACCGUCUUCCUGCACCUCGGGCUCACCUCCCGGAGCCCCAGCUGGACGCUCCAGACGGGGGUCAUCUCCGUGUCGGGCCUGCCCGAGAUGCUGCCCCAGACGAUGGAGUGGAAGGCCACGGGUCCGAACGGCGAGAAGGUGGGGUGCCCGCCGAGCUACUGCGAGAUGCCGGCGCCGAUCGGUGGCAGCCAGUACGACCCCGGCAACGGCUGCGGGUUCGCGCCGGCACGCGACAACGUGACCCAGGCGGCGCCCCAGCCCGGCGAGGACGCCACGCUCACCUUCGACAUCACGCCGCUGGUGGCUGCCAACUACACAGUGUUCCAGGUCUCCACCAGCCCCGAGACGGGGAGCCAGGGGUUUUGGCAGAGCGCCCAGUACGCGGUGACCAGCCUGAGCUUCUCCGCGGUGGCGCUCUGA